ACAGAUUAAUGGGGAAAGAACUGCAAUCACAAUCCGAAAUGUCAUGUUAUCUCAACAUAGGUCAGUUAGAAUUUAAUUUUUUUUCAGAACUAGUUAUUAUAUCCUCUCAUGUAGCUGAUUAGGUUACCAACCUCAUAAUAAGGUAACAGGUUCUUGACCUUUGACCACUAAACCGCAAUUGGCCAAUCUGUGGCUGGUUUCAUUGUCCUCAUCGUUGCCUUACAUGAAUCUGCCUAGUUCCAAAAAAAAAAAAAAAAAAAGACAAACGUAACAAUGACUGUACAACUUGAGCUGUACUAGGUGGUCCUAAGGUCCCCAUCUUUUCAACACCGUGGUGUUGAAGAUGCCCGCCAGGUGAAUCAGUCACAUGCGGCGAGGCGGUUCCCGGUGGGCAUCUUGUUUCUCUCGGUCUACUGCUGCUGCUGAGUUACGCGAUAGCCCCGGUGUCAUUGUCAGCGUCGGCUGUGCGUCGUCCCCCUGCGGAGCGCCGGGCCAGCGCCGGUCCCACUCGAGGUCCUGGGGCGGACCGACCAGUGUUGGGACGUCUUCGUGUGAGGAGUCAUGUAGUCCGCGGGUUCCUUUUUGUUUACAUAUUUUUCUUCUCCAUCCCGCCUGGUCAAGAUGAUCCAAAUAGUCUGCCUGGGCAUGCUCCUACCUUCCGGUGAGUCCUAUUGAAAGACAUUUAUCAAAAAGACCUCCCAUAGCUUUGAUAAUGUGAAAUGAGCCACUAAAAAUAUACAUCAUCUGGAAAAUACACAUUUACAUUUCUUUUUUUAUGUGGGGAGUAAAAGUAGUAUUAUUUAGCCAUCCGCUAAAUAAUACUCAAGUAAGAUACAGAUAAUUCUACUUUUGUUACUUGCUGCUGGGAAAAACUACUAAUCACACUUGACAAGAAUGUUCUCAAUGUUCUGCCAUUACAAAGAUGAUAAUGCUCCAUUUUGACUGACUUUGUUAAUUUAAUUGCUAUCUGAAUAUUAAUAUCCCCUCCAAAUGAUAGAUUAUAGAUUACCCGCCAGCAGGACGCAAUGCACUGCAACCUACAGCAACUCGUAGCACAAUCGAAGCGAGAGUUGUGGUUUGGCUGUUCUGCCCACAACUCGAACGUGAAAUACGAUGAUGUCUUUGUGCCCGCAGUGGUCCACUCGGCCCAGGGUCACUAUGCCCACAAGCUCCUCAACGAUUUGAUGGAGAACUAUACCAGCGCCCUGCGGCCCGUGGAGGACACAGACCGAGCGCUUAACCUCACUUUACAGAUCACGCUCUCGCAGAUCAAAGACAUGGACGAGAGGAACCAGGUGUUGAUCGCCUACCUGUGGAUAAGGCAGAGGUGGCACGACGCUUACCUGAAGUGGAAUAAAGAGGACUACGACGGACUGGAGGUCAUCCACAUCCCCAGCAACCUUGUGUGGAGACCCGACCUCGUCCUCUAUAACAAGGCCGACGACGCCUUGUCGGGGCCCAUGGACACCAACGUGAAGCUGCGCUACAACGGAGAGAUCACCUGGGACGCUCCCGCCAUCACCAAGAGCUCCUGCGUGGUGGACGUCUCUUACUUCCCCUUCGACAGCCAGGAAUGUAACCUGACCUUCGGAUCCUGGACCUACAAUGGAAACCAGGUGGACAUCUUCAUGGGCAUGGACAGCGGCGACCUGUCCGACUUUGUCGAAAACGUGGAGUGGGAGUGCCACGGCAUGCCGGCCACCAAGAACGUCAUCAUGUACGGCUGUUGCUCCGACCCGUACCCCGACAUCACCUACACCGUGCUGCUGCAGCGCCGCUCGUCCUUCUACAUCUUCAACCUCCUCCUCCCGUGCUUCCUCAUCUCCUUCUUGGCUCCUCUCGGGUUCUACCUGCCCGCAGACUCCGGGGAGAAGGUCUCCCUGGGGGUGACGGUGCUGCUGGCUCUCACCGUGUUCCAGCUCAUGGUGGCUGAGAGUAUGCCCCCCUCGGAGAGCGUGCCUCUUAUAGGCAAGUACUAUAUCGCCACCAUGACCAUGGUGACGGCGUCCACAGCUCUCACCAUCUUCAUCAUGAAUAUCCACUUCUGCGGUCCCGAGGCCAAACCCGUUCCGCGCUGGGCAAAAGUGCUCAUCAUCGACUACAUGUCCAAGAUCUUCUGCGUGUACGAGGUGGGCGAGAACUGCGCCUCCUCCUCGUCCGCUAAUUCGGCUCAGGACGAUAUCGGUCGCCGGUACUUCGCCUCCCAGAUCGGAGCCAACGGCCAAGCGGGAGGUCACAGCGGUCCAGAUAAGCGACGGGGGCAAAAGGCCGCAACGCCGCAACAACAUCCCAGAGUGAAAACUCAGCAGCACAUCACCAGGGCCGAGAGGAGCCUCUUCUCCAGCUUUCCGCUCGGGAAAUACAAAGAAUCGGACGGGAAAGUUCCGGCAGGGGACUGCUGGAAAGACGACCGCGAGGUUCCGUUUUGCCCCGGAGACAGAAAUCCACCCUGCUGCCCCGAAGACAAAAAAACACCAGCCCGAAGCCCCGCGCUAACGUUAGGGCCCUGUGCGUUGUGUCGUCAUGGCAACGGCGGGGACCCGAAGAUGGCGCGCAACGUCGAGUACAUCGCAAACUGUUUCCGAGAGCAGAGGGCCACGUGCGCCAAGGGGGCCGAGUGGAAGAAGAUUGCCAAAGUGAUGGACAGGUUCUUCAUGUGGAUCUUCUUCACCAUGGUCUUCCUCAUGAGCAUCCUGGUCAUCGGGAAGGCCCCGUGACCGUGCUUUUAGAGCGCUCCUGACGUCUUCCGGCGUCAAGAAGUACAGCACGGUCUUUCACCGAUUGCGGAUUUGCUUUCAUAUUCAUAUCACGCCUGACAUGACGCUCCUCAACUUACUUCAACGGAGUUCUUUGGCACCAAGAUGCUACAAAAUGGCACUAAAGCAACAAUUUUGUGUACUUUUGGGCCUGAGUACAGAAAGUAUGGUUUAGUAAAGACUUUUUUUUUUUUUUUUUAACAUGUAAUGGAAAAUAGGUUCCAUCCCCGACCUCUCCCGCCCAAAAACACUGACCGGCGAAUAUGCCAGCGUUCGCCGUACUGUUACUAUAACUUUGCUGAAACAAUCUUCCUAAUGUUGACAUUUCCUCCCACU